AAUGCGGCGCGAUCGUUGCGCGGCGAGGGUCGCACGCGACCGCCAUUUUGUAAUCAGUAACCGGUCGUUCACAACAACAACUGCACGUCGAUUUGUCGCGCGAUUAUGUUUGAAAUUAACCCGAUUAAAUUAAUAAAAUCUAUCAAAAGUAGAUCAGCGUUGUAUACGAAAAAUGAUCCUAUGUACAGUCAUAGGAAACAUAAGGAUAAGUUGUGGCGAGAAGUUUGUAUGGAAGUUCACCCGAACUGGGACGAAUUGAAGCCAGUCGAACGAGUUGAAGGCGUUCGCGACAUUCAGAAGCGUUGGAAAAGCCUCCGGACAUGUUACACGAGAGAACUGAAACUACAACGCAGGGAAAGUUUCAAUGUUGAGAACUCUAUACCAAUAAGAAAAAGAAAGAGAUAUGGAUACUUCAACGAUCUCACCUUUCUUGGUGGUGAUGCCAACGCCAUGGAAAUCAAGUACAGCGACGAUGAUAGCGAUCCUUUAGAAGCUCAAUACGACACACAAGAAAUCGAUUUCGCCUUCACAGAUCCCCAGCAAGUAAGUAUAGUACCAGAAGCCUAUGAAGAGGAACAGACUGAUGUAUUGGAGAGUAAAAAGAAAGCCAGAGAUGAAGAUGAUGAUGAUAGGCAGUUUGUUAUGUCUCUGAUACCGAUGUUUAGAAAGCUCUCGGAUCGACGGAAACUCGAAGCUCGUAUUGAAGUUAUGAAAGUGUUGCAGAAGAUUACCUUCGACGAUGUGGAUAAUGAUCGGAAGUAGAUUUUAAGAAGGGAGGCUGUUAUGUAAAACCACACAUGGAUAUGAUCGCUUGUUGAAAAUAGAUAUAUUAUUAAUGUGAUAAACAGUUAUACACUAUAUUGUUAUGUUAUUUAACCACACGCAAACUGGUUUGAAAUAUUUUUGUAUAAUAAAGA